AUGGGUGCUGACGCAAAACCGAAGCAGAAGGACAGCGAUGCUGUCGCCUUCGCCAAGGAUUUCGCUAUUGGUGGCGCCGCAGGUGGUAUCUCAAAAACGUUGGCCGCACCAAUCGAACGUGUCAAACUUUAUGGGCGGAGGCUUGUGUUUCUUCAACACGACGUGUUAAUUCAUGUUAAUUUUAAAUAAAAAGAGGCUCUCAGGGGACAUGAUGAUUAUACGUCUAUUAGGGACUCCUGGUUGUGUGACACUCGUUUUCUUAUUUUUGCAGAGAGAAGAAAAUUGAACUGUUAUUCUUGUAGAUAAAUUUUGAGUUUAUCGUCUAAGUACUGCUGAUCCAGACCCAGGAUGCCAACCCCCGUAUCCGAUCUGGCGAGGUGCCUCGUUACACCGGUAUUGCGAACUGCUUCACACGCGUGCAAGCAGAACAGGGAUUCUUGGUAUAAUUCAGACCUUGAAUUAUACAUCAGGAGGGUGAUGAAGAUCACAUUUUUUCUCUAUGCAGUAGGAGAGUACCAGUCUGAAUCUUCCUCGUGAUGAACAAAAACGGAAAAUUUUGAUAUACAACUCUUGUUCGUUUGUUUUGAUGCGCUCCGAAAAAAAAAAUAUACAACUCUUUUACCUCAUCAAGUUCAAUCUACAUCUUCAGUAGAAAUUAAGCGAAAUCUAUAUGCCCAUCCACCUGCUCAACAUCAUGCUCAAACUAACAGUCUUUCUGGCGUGGAAACGGAGCUAACGUCAUCCGAUACAUCCCCCAGCAAGCGUUUAACUUGUCCUUCAAGGACACCAUCAAGAAGUUGUUCCCGAAGUACUAAUGAUUUUUAUUUUGUACGAAGGAAAACGCAGCUAGUUGCAUAUGUGUUGUUCGACGUGGUAACCAAUUAUUUCCAAAGAGCACCAAAUCAACAUCUAGGUACAACGCAAAGGAAAAUUUCGCUGGAUUUUUUGCGGUUAACUUGUCGUCUGCUGGUAUCGCUGCUGCCGGCUCCCUCUCCAUCUGCUACCCAUUGGACUUCGCACGUAUACCCUACAAAGAUUAAGAGAUCUUCUUGCUUAUGGACGAGAAUUUUAUCACUUGGUUAUAAGUAUCUUCUUGAACUACGACAUUGGAAUUGGAUGGCCUCACAAGCAGCCGAUAAUUGCUACAGAAGAGGCACCAUGACAUGACAUACAUGGUCGCAAGUAUUAGAAGUAGUUUGUUUUGUGAAAGAACUGAGUGAAAUCAAUUUUCAAGUAAAGAUAUAACACCACGAGGACUACAUCAUGGUUCGUUCAUCUCGUUAUUGCAUGAUCAAGAACAUGAAUAACCUCCAUGUUGUGCAUGAUACAAAUAUUAUAGGUACGCGAUUGGCAUCGGAUGUUGGUGGCGGAAAGAAGACUUUCAAUGGCAUCGGGGAUUGCAUUAGGAAGACAGUGGCGAACCAGGUAUUUUUGAUACAGAGGACGAUGACAGCGUCUUUCAGGUUUUUUACUAUGAUUAGCAGUGCCACUAGUAGAUCAUCUUUGGUGUAAGAAUUGAUCAUGCCAGUAGAAGUACCUGCUGUACUACCACUCCUAGAAAUCUAUCUUUUUUUAGUAAAAUUUAAAUUUUUUUACCAACCAAAAUCUUAAAAAUCAAUAUGAAUAUGAAUAUCUAUGUUUAAUACAACAGGGCGUCCUCGGUUUGUACAACGGAUUCGGAGCGUCUGUUGCUGGUGUCGUUGUCUAUCGUGGUCUGCAGAUGGGAUUUAUGGAUUCCAUUAUGGGGCUCAACCCUUGGCAGAAGGAUCGCGGUAUGAUGGGUCUCGUCACUUGCUUCGUUGCGGCGCAGGUAAUGAUGGACUAAAUUGAUAGCACUUGUUCCAAAUAAUUCUUAUUUUCUCGUGUAGGGGGCAUGCACAGCUACGAGAUGCAUUUUUUUGUCAGCUAACUAUAGUUCAUCUUCUUGGUUGCACAUGAUCUUGAUCAACAUUUCUUCAACUUUCGCUUUUUAUUACACAGUCAGAUGGACCAAUGAUAUAGUAGAUAAACUACAAGGUACACAAGCUCCUGCCAACUACAAGAAAAUACAACUUCUUGAUCGUACUCCACGUCGACCUUUCUCUUGUACCAUCACCAAUCUUUAGUUUGCCGGCGUCGCCGCCCGUCCGUUUAACUACCCGUUCGACACCGUUCGUAGGCGCUUGCAGAUGGAAUCUGAAAAGCCUAUGAACGAGCGUAUGUACAAGGGAACUUUGCACUGCGCUGCCACCAUCGUCAAGACAGAAGGCAUCACCGGUUUGUACAAGGGAAUUUUAUGGCCGCAUUUUUAACUAUCUUCAAGUUCGAGUAGUUCUUGUAGUUUUAUAACUUCUAAUCUAAUUGGAAUUGGUUUCCAAGAAUCUGGUAGAGCAAGAUGAAACUUUUUUCUACUCCAAGAAUAAGAACUACUUUUGUAACUGCUAGGUCGUGCAACUUGUCAAUAUACAUAGAUAGAUGACGCUCAAAGCACUUAAAUAAAACAACGGGUUAGUUUUUACGUCUGCUACGUAGCUGUAUCCCUUCAAGCAAUAUAUAUAGAUAGAUGACGUAAUCAAAGAUUUGUUGAGACCGUAAAAUCCAACGUAUUUGAUCGUGUAAAUGUUUUUGAUGACACACAUCUUUUUCUAAGAAUUGUCGCCGAUGUCGUCCGUGGUGCGGGUUCCGCUCUCGUGUUGGUCGCUUACGAUCGUAUCAAGCUGCUCCUCGACUUGUAAACAGUUCUAGUACUUUGACAUCACGCAGUAGAUGUAGAAGUUUGUAGUACAACAACGCACAAGUAGAGAAGAGUUGCUCGUCCUGCGCUCGGACCGACAAAAACGGUCAGGCGGGAAAAAAGAAGCAAGACGAUCCACCAGCACGCGAGUAGAAGAGAAGUACAACCUUCAACGAAGAACGGGAACCCUCCGAGUUUCUUCCUUGGUGGAAAAACGGCAGUUGUGGAUCACGAUUUUCACAUAUUUUUAUUCGAUAGUACAACGAAACAUCACAUCACAUUAACACAUCACGGGGUAUAAUUUGGUUUCAAGAGAGGACAACAAAGAUUAUAAGAUCAUCAUCAUGGGAAUUUGACUUCUAUAAGUAGUCAGAUGAGGUUGUUAUUUGAUAUUUCCAGCAAGAAAGAAAACGCAUCUUCUUCUAUCUAUCUCGGAGAUCGGCUGAGAUUGAUAGAAGACGUUCUAGAAUUAAAAAUCUUCCGGUAUCGCGCACACUAGUGUGCGCGAGACCUUCUAAUUGGAGUGUUGUGCCAGUUAUUUAAUUCGAAUGUAAUGCAUACAAAUUUCCCUCUCCAUGAAGAUGAUGGAAUAACUCAAAAUUGGGUCAAUUAGUUAUGAGAUUUCAUUUUUUUGUAAAUGUUAAAUCGUAAAAUCGAUAAUAAGUUUCUGUUAGUUGAGAUGGAGGACGAGGAUGGAGGUAUCGAUACAAGAAUUAAUUGUUGAAAUUAAGUAGAUGUACAUAAGAAGAUGAAGAUAGCCUCAGCCAUUCUUGUCAGGACAACACGGGGAAGAUGAAGGACAUGAAAACAUUGCUGAGGAUGAUCGAUGAUCAUGUUUGUGGCGGUGUUUCUCCCGCUGAUGUGGUCACUCGUUGGGCCUGAACAGAUGAGACGCAAACACAAAAUGAAAGAUCAAAAAUGAAAGAUCAGUCGAUGAUCAUUCUGUACUCCACCACCACGACUAUGGUGUGACCUCUCUCGUCCGAGAAGGUGCAAUCCCACUUGACGACGAAGAUGCGCAGUGCUGCUUGUCUACGGCGAGGAAGCAAGGGACGGUGUGCGC